GAGCCAACAUGGCAGACGGCAAGGGUGGAUCGUUUACCAAGGUCGUCCAAAAACAUGCAGGACGUGCAAAAGAAAGGAUAUUGCAAAACCUUGGGCGAGCAGACAAGACUAAGGAUGAGGUUUUUGAAGUGUACUUGUACAACUUCACAAGGCAACAGACGGCAGCAGCCAAGCUGCAGAAGGAGUUCAAGAACUACGUGCUCUGCAUCAAGAGCCUGCAGCUGGCCAGCAAGGCGCUCAUGGACACCCUCAGUGAGAUCUACGAACAGGAGUGGGUCGGACACGAACAGAUCCCUGUCAAGGCACAGACUCUGGAACUUCUGUGGGAUGACUACCAUAGAAAGAUGAAUGACCAGGUGAUGAUUCCACUCAACAGCUACAUCACCCAGUUUGCAGACGUUAGGGGGCGCAUAGCUAAGCGAGGCCGCAAGCUGGUUGACUACGACAAGUGCCGACACAGUGUUGAGAGUCUGCGUAACUCUGCAAAGAAGAAGGACGACUAUAAGCUGGGCAAGGCACGAGAAGAACUUGAGGAGGCCAAGCAGAUGUACGAAGUGAUCAACAAUGAACUGCACGAGGAACUGCCUGCACUCUACGAAAACCGCAUCCCGUUCCUGGUGUCCAACCUGCAGACGUUCUUCACGGCCGAGAGCACAUUUCACGCGGAGAAUGCCAAGGUGUUUUCCUUCCUGGUGGACACGAUGCAGAAGCUGGCCGUCGAGAGCGAGCACCAGGGCACCACCAUCGGGCCCUACCCCUUGCCCAAUCCGCCAAGGCGCUACUCGCCAAAUCGCCGUGCGCCUCCGCUCCGGCGCACCCAUUCAAAUAGGGAGCGGACAACCGCCAACGCGAACGAAAUGUCGGUCAACUCGGUCGUGGCGCCCAACCCUCCUGUGCGGUUAGCCGGCGACUGCCGAGACACCACAGUGCAGUACGCCCGCGUCCGGCGCCAUUCGGCGCAUGGGCGGCCCCUCGAGAAGAACCGCCGAGGGGCCAGUUUUCUCUCGCUCAGUGCUGCUACCGAAUCUGGCAGGGGCGGCAGGCCGGUUGAGCUCUACCUCGUAGUUCGACCACCAAAGGGUGCGGCAGAGCCUCGCUCGGAGCCCAGUUCGGUCUCCAAGGAGGCGGACACGCGGCCCUACGAGGAGAUCGAGUUCAAGAAGGGUAAGAGCAAUCGUGCCAGCGAUAUUUCCAUCAAGGUUACCGAGACAAACGGCCAGGUCGCCAACCCAGCCCCUCUCAUGGUUUCCCCCGUGCGGAGUGAUCCCCAGUGCGUGGCGUGUGGCACUAGCACCCGCAUGAAGUGCAUCUGGCUGAACGACGCCGAGUUCUCUUUCCUGCGCUACCAGCCGUGGCAGUGCCUGCGCUGCGCCGUCAACCACUCGUUCGAGGCGGCCGGGGACGGCGGCGGCAGCCAGGCCGCACGGCGCAACCUCUGCAUCUGGUUCACGCGAGUCACCCGGCUCAAGGCCAACUACACCGAGCUCCAGUGCAAGAUGCUCUCCUCCGCCGAAGCGGCCCGCCUUGAGAACGAAGACUCUGCGCUGGUCAACUCGCCGGGCUACCGAACAACAACAGGCGACCGCAAUGGUGAGGCGCCACCUAGACGCGAUGAGAAGGACUACGAACCGGUGGACGUCGGUGCACAGAUGAAUAGCGAUGGUGACAGACAGGUGGGCGAUGAGCUGUAUGACAUUCCCGUAGGCGCCACGACCACUGACCUGCCGGCCGGUGUGCUCUACAGGGUGCGUGCCACGUACAAGUACACAGCCGAAGAUGUGGACGAGCUGAACUUCGAAAGUGGCGAGAUAAUCCGAGUGAUUGAGUACGACGACCCCGAAGAGCAGGAGGAAGGCUGGCUGAUGGGCAUCAAGGAGUCGACGGGCGAGAAGGGUCUCUUUCCGGCAAACUUCACGCGGCCCAUCUGAACGGACUCAGUGCCUUCUCCCUGUAGUGUGCGAGUGGGCACGGCGCCCAAUGGAGACUGGCGCACCCGCUUUGUUGCCGCCAUGCUGCGGUGCAAAGCCUCCUGCCGUUAACUUUAGUCAGUCGUGACUUUACAAAUAGUGCCUCUAAGGUUUCUCGCUCGCCAGGUCGCGUUUUUUACGGAAGUGCCCUUAAUGGCAGAAAAGUGCUCUGACAGGGCACAAUUUGAUUUAGGCCACACGUAGCCGAGUAGUAGAAUACGUUCUGCUGAUAGUGACCAUCCGUGUGUUUCACUUUUUCCAGUGAGAACACGGCGGCUGUUACCUAUUUCCUUUGGUCAUUAGACUUGUGCACUUCGGGUUGUGCCGAGCUCUGGGCUGUUCACACGAGCCACGCGUACUACUGCUGGUUCUUAGCGCUUCUUGUCCAGGGAAGCGUCUUUGCCACGUGCUCAUCUGUUCGGGCAUUCCCCUUAUUUGGCCACCAUGUUGCUUUGCCGUUGUAGAGCGAUUGUCAUGGGCCCGGACAGACUUCCUCUCUCUCCACUUAUUGUGACUCCUCUACGUACGGCUCGGGUCUUCUCCAUAACCUUAACGUGUGGCUGUGCUGCGUCUCACAGAGUUGCACUGUAGUUGCAUUUCCUAGUUUUCUCAUAAUUGUGUGAUGAUAUAUGGAAACUUGGGAACCUCACAUCCUCUCUGCGUGCUUAUUUAUUUAUUUCUUAAGGACCGAAAAAAUUUCAUUCAGCAUGUUCAUUCUUCUUUUGUACCUUAUUUCCGUAGUUCGUGACGCGUGUGUGUUCAAUAAGAUUCUUUGCUUCCCCAGGGUGUGCACUUUUCCCUGUAGAUAACCAUUAUCAGUGAAGCCGCUGAACGUGAGCUAAGAGGAGUUGCCUCCUAUCUUCUGUCGUCCCGUAUGAGGCAGCUUGUGACGAUCCCAGUCUUCCGUCCAUCGGGGUCGUUUUGUUGACGGCUCCCGUCUUUUUUGACGCAUUUGCAGGGUGUCUGGCAUCCACGCUCUGCUCCAAGUGCCAAGCUCACAGGUGCAUUUUGUGUACCAAGUUUGCCCACAGCUGCCCUUUUUGCAGCUGUCCUCGGAACAACUUUUUCUGACUUGCAGUGCUGUGGCUGGGGUGCUCUUGAUGCUAGUCUCAGCGACUGCAUUGUUUUCGUAGCGUCGUGUACCCACUGCCAAAUCGCGCAGGCCAUUGUCGGCUGGUUUACAAGGAAGCUUCCUGGCAACUUUCCUCUCAAGUGCAUCAGUGGGUCCUUUCAUCUGAAUGGUGCAACUAUUCUGCGCGGAUAUCGGAAACAGCAGGCAUACUGUAGACAUCGCGCCUGAAGUAAUUGUUCGAUCGAAGCUGCAUUUAUGACGGUUGUCACCAAUAAACGGUGCGCCUUCACUGCUUCGGCUGUACGUGGCCUUUUCUACAACAAGUUCUCCUCAUAGAAUGGCCAUAUUACGGGACGGUGUAGCAGCAACAAAAGCCUGGGCUGCUCAGUCGCUUAUUUCCUCCCCUGUUGUUCUGCACUUCCUCGAGGGUGUCGCAGACCACAAUAAGAUUACGCCAGCAUCUUAUGCAACCAAUACCACCUCUACGUUCCAUCGGACUACAUCUGUGCCUACAUAUGUUAUUCCUUUUUCUCUCGUGAACCUGUUUCUUCUUUUAUUUGGCGCUGCGCCAGUGAUAUCUCGUUCCCAGUACUUCCUUUAGAGUUUGGUGUAAAAGGGAUAAUUUGUUUGUAUUCGAGUGUAAAACACUAAACACCUCACCCUGUAUGUUAACCAUGUCACCAGGCUUGCUUUGUGUGUCUGUGGUAAUGUUUCUUAUUUUUUCUUUUUUUUUUCCUACUUGCAGUGUAACAAGGAGAUCUGAUAUUGUCUAAUGUAUAGUAAAGAAAUGAAUUCCCAAUGUU